AUGGCCUCCACUCGUGUCGACUCCGUCUUGCAUAAUCUGGAGUUGCUCCAGAGCAUCCUCGAAAAGCGUGAUUCGUUUGAAACUGGAUUUUCCAACCUCCGUGAAGAUUUUGAGGCCCUCAAGCUGAAUCUACUGUUCCUGAAACCAGUUCUUCUGUGUGCAAGAAACUGGACCGACGACCAAUUGAAGGUAAGGCUUCGAGCUUUCUUGUCUAAGAUUGAAGCUGCUGUAAACAGACCUGGGAUGGAUAUAAACUCCCUCUAUCUUAGGUCAAAAAGUGCAUUCAAUUUGAAAAGCCUGGUCACAUCUUUGAAACCCAUCGUCUCUAAUUUGCUGGGAAAAAUCAAGUCCUUCAAGCAAGAAAUCAUCGACAUAUACAAAACCUUGUCGAGCUGCAGCUCAUCAGAGUCCGGCUCCUGCUUAAGAAACUGUGAACUCUUGGACUUCAUAGAUUCUGUUCUGCAGAAUCUGUUCGAUCUUCUCAGCCGUCGGUAUUUUGAGUCCAUGGAAGGUUACAACAGUACUUUGCACGCACAUAUUGAGGCCCUUGAAGACAAGCUUACAUUUUUGAAAAACUUCAUUGGCUUUGUCAAAAUUCUGAGUGUUGAACAACGUGAAUUGGAAGAUCUGUUGGCUCACAUUCAAGUUGUGGCUCUAAAUGCCGCACGCCUCUCUUACAAGUGUUUGUUUUACAAGGAAGAUCAAGAGAUGCAGAAUCCGAGGAUGUGCUCCAUAAUCAGUGAAAUACUGGAGAAGAUUAACCCCGUUGACCCCCAAGUUUGUGCGACAUAUGUCAAAAUCCUUAAGCUCCGAAAUCCCCAGAAUCAUUGCUUACCACGGAGACAGGAGAAUAUGAAUGAGCUAAAUGAUAAAAUUGUAGCAGUUAUGAGUGCGGCAGGAAUUGUAAUUUUCUCGCUCUUUCUGAAUAAAGUGAAAGAAUUGGAUGUUGACUCCUUAGUGGUCGGAGAAUCAGCUGAUUCUUGUGCUAUGUUGGUCAACACGAACAACAGGGUUAAGCUCAUUGUGGCUCAGCUAAGUGGUUCAAGCAUCUCAGGAAGUCUUCCCUCCGAUCAUAGCAUCAGAGGACAAGAAGUUCGCAGGACUACCCGUUUCCAGCCAUCAAGAGCUAGAGUACCAAUGACCGAUGAAUUUGUAGUUGGUUUCGAGGAUGAGGCAAAAAAAGUGAUUAACCGACUCGAUAGAGGAUCAGCAAAGUUGCAAAUUGUUCCCAUUGUGGGAAUGCCUGGACUUGACAAGACCACUUUAGCAAAAAAAGUUUACAAUAGUCCCUCAAUUCGGGCUCACUUCCAUAUUCUUCUUUGGAGCUCUGUUUCUCAAGAAUAUAACAUGAAAAAUUUGUUAGUUCAGAUUUUAUCCUGUGUGUAUGGGGAGGUGAAUGAACUCAGAGUUCUAAAUGAAGAUGAUUUGGCGGAAAAACUCUAUAAAACGUUAAAGAGGAAUAGGUAUCUUAUUGUUUUAGAUGAUUUCUGGGACAUUAGAGUAUGGCAUGGCUUGAGCUUUUCAUUCCCUGACGAUAGGAAUGGAAGUCGAGUCCUAAUUACAAGUCGAGAGUCUAACGUGGCUUCAGAGGUACAAUUUGGUGUGGAACCUCACAAUCUUCGCGUACUUACCGUAGAAGAGAGUUGGACAUUAUUGCAGUGGAAGGUGUUUGGAAAUCCAGGUUGUCCUCAAGAACUACGUAUUCUUGGGAAGGAAAUAGCAACAAAUUGCAAGGGAUUGCCUCUUACCAUUGUCAUCAUAGCUGGAAUUUUGUCAACUAUAGAGGAUGAUGCUUGGGGUGAAGUUGCAGAUAGUUUAACUUCAACCAUUGUGUAUGCUACAGACCAGUGCAAGAGUACAUUGGAGCUGAGUUACAGGCACUUACCCCAUUAUUUGAAACGAUGCCUUCUGUACUUCGGAGCAUUUCGAGAAGAUCAAGAAAUUGAAACUGCGAAGUUGAUGAGGCUAUGGAUUGCCGAAGGCUUUGUAUCUGCUGAAGUUGAAACUGUGCCGGAUACAGAGCCCAAGAGAAUGGCGGAUUUAGCAGAAGAGUACAUGAUGGAUCUUAUUGGCAGAAACCUAGUCAUGGUUGCCAAACGAAGACAUAUUGGUGGAGUCAAAACUUGUCGCAUUCAUGAUCUAUUACACGAGUUUUGUAAGGAAAAAGCCAAAGAAGAAAAUAUCCUACAGGUGUUGCGUGGCUAUGGUGAACUUUUCACUUUUAAUGAGCACCCGUAUCUCGAGAGGUUGUCCAUUUGGUCCAAGGCAGAGCAUUUUAAGAAGUCAAGGCUAUUCUGUCCACAAAUAUGCAGUCUACUGUUGUUUAGUCAGAUUGAAGAGUCUGAUUCGUUCAUGGCUGAUAUGUCAUUUGUCUUUUGCAUCUACAAAAAACUUCGAGUGUUGGAUUUGGAGCAAAUUUUUCUGCCGCACAAGGCUUUUCCUAGAGAGGUAGAAGCUCUCGUUGAGCUGAGAUAUUUGGGUGUUCAGGGUGCAAUGAGUUCCAUUCCCUCCACAAUUGACAAGCUCUCCAACUUAGAAACUUUUGUUGUGAUUGCUGAAUCUGGUACUGUUUCAUUGCCAGAUACCAUAUGGGACAUGACCAAGUUGAGGCAUCUACAUGUGGUGGGCUGGAACGUUAGUUGUUUUUUGCCGAGUGAAAAUCUUGAAAACACCUCUGACCUCUGGAAUUUAGACACUCUUUCCACCUUGACUGUGACUUUAGACGACAGAGCGGAAAAUAUAAUGAGAAAGAUUCCAAAUGUCCGCCAACUGAAGAUCCAACUCUCGGCAGCAGAGUGCUCUGCGGGGUACUGCAACUUAAGUCACCUCACAGUAAUAGAAACACUCGAAGUGUCGGCGGAGUCAUUGCCAUCGAAUCCUGUUGAGUUUUCUUUCCCUCUACACUUAAAAGAGUUGGUCCUUGGAGGCUUGCAUCUGCCCUGGAGUAAAAUUUCAGCGAUUGAGGAACUACCCGACCUUGAGGUCCUUACAUUGCUCGGCGAGUCAUUUGCCGGAGAAAGAUGGGAGCUAACACCAGGAGGGUUCCCUAAACUCAUGUGCUUGGGUUUGGAAAACUUGGAUGUUGUCGAAUGGGAAGACGCUACAGGUAGUGGUGAGGCUUUGCCGUGUCUUCAGAAGUUAACGUUGAUUGGGGUUUUGGAAUUGGAAACGGUCCCUUCCUGUUUACGGCGUGAUGCACCUCUUGUGGAGAUUGAAGUGCGGGACUGUAAGGACUCUCUUAAGGCGUUGGUACACGAAAUUGGGGAAGAGCAGGAGGCCUGGGGAAAUGCGGGUCUGAAGAUCAUUAUCGACUAGCCAGAAAUCUCUAGGGCAGAUUCCAUGUCAAUUGGUGAGAGGGUUGCUAUUGUCUUUGGUUUUUCUAUUAUCAGCAGGGUUUGCUAUGGUUCCUUGGUGGUUCCCAUUAUAAUUGCUCAUAUGUGUGGCUUUCUCUAUUUUAAAACAAAAAAG